AUGUCUUCUGACGUGCCUGACAGUAGCCAUAUGCCUAAGUUUAUGCAAGAGAGACCACCACCUCCUUUUCCUCGCAGGAUUAGGAAGGAAAAAGAGGAACAACAAUUUGGUAAAUUUAUGGAGAUUUUGAAGCAGCUACAGAUUAACAUACCACUUAUAGAAGCCAUCCAAGAAAUUCCCAACUAUUCAAAAUUCAUGAAAGAUGUACUCAUGAAAAGAAGAAGAGUUGGAGAGUUUGCAAUUGUGGACCUAACACAAGAAUGCAUUCAAUUGGUAUUAGGCAAACUUCUCCCCAAGUUAAAAGAUCCUGGAAGUUUCACUAUACCAUGCAAUAUAGGAGAUUGUUUUUGUGGCAGAGCAUUGUGCAAUCUUGGAUCGAACAUCAAACUCAUGCCACUCUCUGUUUUCGAGAGGAUUGGUAUUGGAGAAGUUAGGCCAACAAUAAUCACCCUUCAGCUAGCAAAUAAGAGCAUUUGCUACCCUCAAGGAAAGAUUGAGGACGUAUUGGUCAAGGUUGACAAGUUUGUAUGCAUAAAGAUGCUGGAACAAGUGUCUUCAAGUAUCAAAGAGUUGGCAAGAGGGAAUGAAGUGCAUUGGGAAGCAACUGUUGAGCUGUAA